CUCUCUCUCUCUUGAUCUCAUGCGCCCCUUUUCUCUCUCUCGAUCUCCCCUCUCACGAACCCCUCUUCUCUCCCCAACCAUCCCCUCUCUCUCGAUCUCACGAAGACUUCCCUCUCUCACGCCAUAAUCUGCGUCCAUUUAAGGUAUGGAAGACUGAUUAAAUACCUACCAAACACUAGAAUUUCCCUCUGAAAACAGCCCCAAAUCCUACACGAUGAUACAUGGUUGAAGAAGAAGAAGAAGAAGAACCAGGUCCUUCUGGAAGGGUACGUAGCGACGGACGAGAAGAACGAUCCGAUUCGUCAACAUCAGCAGCAACAGCAGGGGAUGAUGUUGAGGAUGAAGAGCCUGACUGAUGGAGAUCUUGACGAACUGAAGGGGUGUUUGGAUCUAGGGUUUGUUUUCAACUAUGAAGAGAUCUCGGAGCUUUACAAUACCUUGCUGGCGCUCUAGCUCUACUACUCGAUGAGCCAAAGGUUCUUGGAUGAUCAGCGGCAGCAGCAGCAGAAGUCUAUGGAUGGGAGGGAUGCAGAGGAGGCAUGCUCCGUGUCAUCAACGGCCGCGAGUCCGAUCAUGAAUUGGAAGAUUUCAAGUCCUGCAAUGCAGGGACAUUGGCAAGGAGCUUUGUUGGAUGAUAUGGGCCCUCCAAAUAGCACACUUGCACAGAUGGAUGGAGAAAGUCAAGUAGACAGUCAUGAAUUGCCGUGGAUUGAUUUGGCAACCAUACAACUUGCCACCAAUAACUUUUCGGAGGCAAAUAAGCUUGGACAAGGUUGAUUUGGCCCUGUUUACAAGGUAAUAAAUAUUUCAACCUAACUUGGAAGGACU